CGAAACCCCACUUUCCAACGCUCGUUUACGACUUCGUGGCUCGUUGUUUCUGAGAUUCACGCCUUUUCAAUCUCUCUUUCUCGCUUUCUCCCUCCUGCUUUCGGAUUUCGUUCUGGUCUGAGUCUUUGACAGCGUUCAUCGUCUGAUUAAACUUUAGUUCUUCCUCGUGUUGUGGUUGCCUCUGGAUAGAAUCGUAACCUGCUCUGUUGGUGUCUUAUGUUUGUCUUGGGAACUGACGGUAACUUUGCAUGGUUGACUUAGAAGCAGGAAGUGAUUAGAGCAAACCUGUUGAUUCCAUGGAUGCUUCACUGCAAAGCCAACUUCCAGAAGUGGACUCUUUGCCAGAUGGUUUCGUUGAGAGUUCCCCAGAACAAUUAGAUUGUUCAGAUCCCAUCACAGAGACAGAGAGACAACCAUCAGAAUACAUAAGUAUGCUUAUCGAAGUACAAAAUCUAGCUAAAGCUAGUACUGAACAAUUGAAAGGUGACAACGAGAUGGUUUCCACAGCUAAUGUUUUUGAUGCUGCUGCUCCAGUAUCUGAUGAACCUGACUGUUUUAAUCUGAAUUUGUUGUCGACUGCUGCCUUUCCAAGGAUGGAAACUUCUAAUCCUGCAGCAGGUGAUACUGAAUCUUGGGCUGAUGAAAAUGAAGUAUAUAAGAUUGAGAAGACUAGAAAUUUUCCUGUUCCAUUAUCUGACAGGGAUCCACUUGAGAUGAAAUUUGACUCACUAGAAGUAACUAGUAGGACCAUUGUGGAGACUAAUGGGGCUCAUGAGGGCACAGUUGAACCAGAGGAAGUGACUAGUUCUCCUACUGAAGUAUGCGCUAAGAUGCUUACUGGUCUUCACGAAAGAAGUGUCGGAGAUACAAGAAAUGUAAAGCUUGGAGAAUCAAUAGAGGGAAAAACCAAACAUGCAAAACGUAACUUAAAGUCAGAGAAGGAGUUCCUAGAGCUUACGUGGAAGUUUCAACAAACUAUUGUAGAAAGAGAUGCUGCUAUUGCUGUGCGAGAGAAACUAGAAUCUCUCUGCAGGGAGUUGCAGCGACAAAACAAAAUACUUAUGGACGAAUGCAAGAAAGUUUCCGCAGAUGGGCAAAAUAUGCGAUCAGAGCUAUCUGUAAAAUUUCAUGAUGCAAUUAAAGAUGUAAGCAACAAAUUGGAAGAGCAAAAGGAAGAUUACCUUUCCCAACUAAAGGAAAAUGACAUGUUGAGAAACAAGUUAAAGCAUCUUACGGAACAAUUUGCAAUAGCUGAGGAGGAGUUCAAACAACAGUUGAAGAAGAAGAUACUUGAGCUUCAGCUGGCUGAGCUUAAGCUUCAGCAACAACAGGAGAGGUCUUCUCAAGAGCAAGCCAUGAUGAAAGUGUACACGGAGCAGGUAUCACAACUGUUGGAAACUGAAAAGAAUCUAAGAAUGCAACUAGCGUCUGAUGGAGAAAAGUUUCAGCAGUUUCAGGAGGCAUUAUCUAAAAGUAAUGAAGUCUUUGAAACGUUUAAGCAAGAAAUGGAGAAGAUGGCCAAAUCCGUCAAGGAACUAAAGAAGGAAAACACUUUCCUCAAAAGCAAAUGUGAAAAGUCAGAUUUUACACUCAUAAAGCUUGUUGAUGAGCGUGAGGCUAUGAAGAAACAAAUGGAGAAAAUGAAGAAUCAAAAGGAAAAGCUUGAGUCACUGUGCCGGUCUCUACAGGCUGAAAGGAAGCAUAGUUUACCUCAUAGCUCUGAUGGAUGCCAAAUUUCUGAUGAAGUCAAAGUUAUUGAACAAAAAUGAAGAACUCGAGCGUAAAUAAUGAAUUAUGAAGCCUUGUGAUUUGUGUUGCUGGAGCAAGAAUUUCUGAAUUGCCACCUUCCUUUUCAUCUCAUUGCUUCUUUGUUUUCCUUAUUUUUUUGUCCUAUUUUUUGGUGCCAAAAUUGCACACAGAUAGGCAAAGUUACGCUAUAUGCUUGUCAAUUCGUUUCUGUAUCAAGUUGUAUGCGUAUCAAGUUGUGUGCGUAUGAUAUGAUCUACUCAAACAGAACAGGUGCCUACAUACUUGAGUGCUUUGUACAAAAGUGUUGCUGCCCUUUGUAUGUGCUUGAGAUAAAGUAGGCUGACGCAAAAUCUUGGCAUGCUUUGUUGGCCGUGAUUAGUUAUAUGAAUUGAUUUGGUCA